GGUGGUCUAGACGCAUGGGCCUGCAGAGCCCGGAGCCGCACCGCACUUGUGGAAACUGAUUCCCUUUCCAACAUGCCACAGUCAAAGUGACCUCCCUUUGAUUGGCCCGAUCACAUGAGAAGCCUCGUGAUCAUGCGAUGCGAUGCUCACUGGAGAACAUGCAAUCACGAAUGUGAAUUGCAGCCUUUUCGAUCCUCCAGCGUUGGAUGUGCUCGUAUGGGAGGCUGGAUGCGCUUGUAUAGAAGGCUGAACCGCUCAUGGCUACGCAGAGCCAGUAACAUCCUCUUUGCGCCUCGGCUAGAUAAGUACACAGGCAGACAUGCAGGCGAAAGCCGUUCGCAUGGCGCUUCACCACGAGCGAACCUCGCGGUACGGCAUGCUGGCGCGAUCGCGCAAACAAUCUGUGGCACCCUCGCACUUCGCUGUUCCCCUCAGGGCAAGACGGGAUAAGAUGAUGCGAUGUGGUGCUUUGUCUGCAUCAGUCGUCAGACCUUUGGCGCAGGACGCUUCACGCACCCGCAGAGCAUCAGAACAUUGAGAGCUCGACUCUUAGGGCAUCUUGCCAAGCGAGCGUAUUGCCUCGACCAACUUCGUCUGCAAGCCACGAUUGCGGCGGAGCCGUGAGGGAGGCAGGUCGGGAUUGUACAGAUUAUAACGC